AUGAGCAAAGGGGAAGGCGCAAAAGUGGUGGCCAGGGUGAAGGAGGAGGAACUAAAUGACCUGUACGACUGGAUCAGCAGUUUCAACUUGUCUAGAAAAAUAAAAAACAUCCACAGAGAAUUUUCAGAUGGAGUUCUAAUGGCAGAGUUGGUGAGCAUAUGUCUUCCCAAGCUAGUGGAGCUGCAUAAUUAUAGUAAGGCAAAUUCAAUUAGCCAAAAAAGGUACAAUUGGAAUACACUCAACCAGAGGGUUUUUAGGAGGCUGGGGUUUCAGAUUGACAAAAGACAUGUUGAAGAAAUUGUUAAUUGUAAAUAUAUGGGCGUGGAGAAGGUGCUAAACACGUUUAAAAAUCAGCUGCAUAAAUUCCAGAGCUCUGAAAUGGAGGUGGAUUCUUCGGGCACGUUGGGCGAGGACCAGGCCAGGCCGUAUAAUGAGGAAGAGCCCCGUCUCGCCGAGGGGGAAGGAGACAGCCAAUCAGCGCAGAGCGCCGAGUUCCUCAACGACGAAAUUGUGGAGAUCCUGCGCGACAAAAUCUUCAACUUGGAGAAGCUUCUAAAGAUAAAGGACAGCAAAAUCGACAUUCUGAAUCGAAAAAUUGACACAUUAAACCGGAUGAGGGACGUUUGAAGGUUCGUCUCCACUUGGCGAGAGGAGAAAGGGUGGGAGGGCCACCGGAGCCCCUGCGGACUCGCCUCUCCCUUUAUCUCCCCAUUGGUGCUUUUCGUUUUUCCUGCGGGUUGGCCUCCCUUUUGCUGCACCUGCACUGGGGAGCCGCCCACCUCGGCUUGCGCCAAGCACACACUGCUGAGCGCCCGGGCGCCGCUCACUUAUUUUUUAAGAUGUACAGAUUUUUU